GGCGCUGCUUUGGGGGGGGGGCCGGGGCCAGGGUUGCCUGGUGGGGCGGCCGCGCUCGCCCUCCCGGGGGCCGGGCUUCCGCGUGUGGAGCGGGACACGCUCAGGCACGCAGCGUGGGGGCUGCCGGUCCGAGGCGGCCUGCGAGGGGCGGCGGGCGCGGCGCGGCCCGGCCCGGUCCCCCGCCCGCCCGGUGGCGGGGUGUGAGGUGACCGCUGUGCGCGGAGCGCCCCGUCCCUCUGAGUGGGUUUAGACCCCAACUGGGCUUCCCUUGUGCGCCAGAGGGAGCGGCAGGCGUACAGGGCAGCGGGCAGUGGCGUUCAGAGCCGGCUCCUCUCCUCAGUUAGGCCUCCUCCGUUUACCUCGUAUUUAAAGCCCCAGAGCAGCAGGGUGCUGUGCUGAGGUGGAAGAUGGCUUUGCGGCAGGUCUCCCGUUGGUGUUGCCUGCUGAAAACGGCCCGUGCAGCUGACUUUCCUCGGAGGCUGAGGAGCUGCAGCAGCACCACACAACCGGGUCGUGAGUGUGCCCCUCAGGCUCUGCUGCCCUCUAGAAAUGACGUUCUGUGGAGAUUGCAGGCGUACAGGCAUGUAUCUGUAGGAAGCUGUUCUCCGCCAGACAGUGCCAAGGAUGGAUGCUUUCCUUCUGAAAGUAACUUGCCUUCACCGGCAAAACAGGAACAAGCAAAAGUAGAAACAUUACCUAAUCUAAAUGCAAAAGCACUUUAUGAAGAUUGGGAUGACAUCCCACCUUCAUCUGCUUUGGAAGAGAUUUCUGAGGAAGAAGCUGUACAGAUCAUUGCAGAACCACUUCUUCCCCUUCAGUCUUCCACACUCCAAGAUUAUGUUGAUCACUCAGAAACCCUAGCGAAACUUGUCCACCUAGGAGUUAACCUAUUCCAAGUGGAGAAACGUCAAAAGGCAGGUCAACUCCUACUGACCUUGGACUUUGAAAAAGAUGUAAGAAAAAUACUUCUGUUUCUUAAGGAUGUGGGUGUAGAAGACAAUCAGCUGGGACCAUUCCUGACCAAAAAUCCAUACAUCCUUGCUGAAGAUCUGGAAGCUUUAGAAACCAGAGUGGCUUACCUAAAAUCAAAAAAAUUUGGUAAGGCAGAAAUUGCUCAGAUGGUCUCAAGAGCUCCAUAUUUGCUGUUGUUUUCUGUGGAAAGACUGGAUAACAGACUGGGUUUCUUCAAAAAUGAACUUGGUCUCAGUGUAAAAAAGACAAAGGAUCUGGUAAUUCGUCUUCCAAGGCUACUGACUGGCAAAUUAGAGCCCGUAAAAGAAAAUCUUCAGGUUUGUCAGAUUGAACUUGGUUUUCAACGUAAUGAAAUUCAACAGAUUGUGUUUAAAACCCCCAAGAUUUUAACUGCAAGUAAAAAGAGACUCAAACAGACAUUUGACUACUUACACAACAUAAUGGGCAUUCCCCACCACAUGCUUACUCGUUUUCCUCAGGUUUUCAACUCAAAGCUAUUACGAAUCAAAGAGAGACAUAUGUUUCUUACAUUCUUGGGAAGAGCCCAGUAUGACCCAGCACAACCCAGCUACAUCUCUUUGGACAAGCUAGUAUCCUUGCCCGAUGAGGUGUUCUGCACAGAGAUUGCCAAAGCUUCUAUACGGGACUUUGAAAAAUUCUUAAAAACACUUUAAUUAGUAACACAUGUAAAAAGGAAUAAAGUUAUUAAAAAACAUAUUUUAUGAAACU